AGCCAAAUUGAAGAAGAGAGACUCAUUUCAGCAGUCAGAACUUCAAUUAUUUAAUUUUCAUAGGUUUAACAAAAAUGAAGAACGCCACCAACACAAAGCUCAUUCUCCUCCACCCUUCAAUCCACAAAUCCCCUUCAUCUCCAUCCCACCGACUUUGGUUUUUGUUUGUAGUAACUUUCUUUACUUUAGCUUUCACUUUCACUCUUUUCUUCUCCACUUUCUCCACAGUCACCAACGCCGGCUCCACCUCCGCCACUUCCACCUCCUCCCUUCCACUUUCCGUCACAACGGCCUUACUCCACUAUACUUCCACUUCUAACUCCACGAACCCUCACUUGACCUUUGCCGAGCUCUCGGCCAUCGCCGCAGCUCUCCAACGCUGCUCUCCCUGUAACUUCCUCGUUUUUGGCCUAACCCACGAAACCCUUUUAUGGAAAUCUCUCAACUUCCAUGGCCGUACAAUCUUUCUCGAUGAAAGUGAAUACUACGUUUCAAAUUUUGAAAAGAACCAUCCAGAAAUCGAAGCUUAUGAUAUACAGUACACUACAAAAGUAAGCGAAAUGGCGGAGCUUCUUUCAGUGACAAAAUCUCAAGUUAAAGACGAGUGUAAGCCUGUACAGAAUUUACUUUUCUCCGAUUGCAAACUAGGCAUAAACGACAUGCCGAAUCAUAUCUAUGAAGUUUCUUGGGAUGUGAUUUUAGUCGAUGGGCCACGUGGGUAUUUUGCGGCGGCGCCGGGGAGAAUGUCGCCGAUUUUUACAGCUUCCGUUUUGGCAAGAAGUAAAAAAGGAGGCGACACAAAGACGCACGUUUUUGUGCAUGAGAUUAAUAGAGAAGUUGAAAGAGUUUUCAGUGAUGAGUUUUUAUGUGAAGAGAAUUUGGUAGAAACUGUGGACUCUUUAGGGCAUUUUGUUGUGGAAAGAAUGGAAGCUAAUGAUAAUAGCUUUGAGUUCUGUGAAAAUACAAAUACGACGUCGUUUUCGCCAUUGUCGGCGUUAUCAUCUGGAAACGAUGAUGAAGAAGAAGAUUGAACUGGGUUUGUUUUAGAUUGCUUGUAUCAUUACAUUUUCCGUUUAUUUUUCUUUUUCUUUAAGUAUACAGAAAUGUAAUUUUUAUAGGUUUAAAUAUCCUCAAAAGUUGUGAUCGAGGCAAUGAUGAUAAAUCAAAUGUGAAUUAUUCAAAAUUUAUUACUGUGA